UGUUGCUGAACAAUUCUUUAAUUAAGUUAAGAUUUGUGAUUGAAUUGUUCUUAUACUUUUGAGUAGUUGUUAGAUCAUUCUUUAAGAUUUGUAUGAGGAUAUGUUAAUCUGUCGCUAAAUAGGAUUAGAGAUGGAUUUUUGAUGUUUAGAGAUACAACCUCUCUCUCACUAAUUCAUGUUUUUCUUUUAGUUAAGCUCCAAGAAUUGAUGUCCUUUUCACCCAAACAAGUAACCUACUUGGCCCCUCCCUAGUUGUAAAAUGCUAAGUUGCUCUGACUCUUCAAAAAUAUCAUUGCGUGUGUGUCCGAUCCUCCACAAAUAGUGUAUUUUUGAAGGAUUCGACAUGGGUGCGGCACAUUUUUGGAGAGGCCGAGCAAUUUAAGCAAAAAGAGCUUUUGUAAAGAUCACUUAAAGAGUAGCCAUGAAGAACAACUCAGCAAUCAAAUUCCUAAAGCAUGUCAUGUCAGUACUAUCCACAAUGGCCAAAUCAAAAUCAACAGCCAUCAAAAGCAAAACUGAGGCCAUAAAAGCUAAGUUCAUGGUCUUAACAUUGCUCAAAUCCAAGAAAAUCUCUCUAUCUGGACUAGGAACUAAGGCCAUUUCUCACAAGAUCCAUUCACUAUUAGGCCAUAAAGAAGAAGAAGAUGAAGAUCAUCACGACGAAAACAACAAGGCCAUUGUACUCUACAACCACUCCUCUGAACCCGGUGAAGAAUUUUUACACUAUCAGUAUAGUAACGGGACCAAUGAGGAGAUACUACUGCUAAGCAAUGGCGAGGAUCACGAUUAUGAUGAUAAGUAUCCGGAUUUGACACAUUCAUUGUUCGAUGAAGAGGACGAGUACUUAGGUGAUCCGAAUGCAUCAGCGAUAGACAUGGUGAGGAAUUUCAAAGAGGAAGAAGGACAGAACUUUGUGCUAGAAGACGAGAUCGAUAACGUUGCAGACUUGUUCAUCAAGAAGUUUCACAAAAGGAUGAGACUGCAAAAGCUUGAAUCUUUCAAGAGGUAUCAAGAAAUGCUAAAGAGAAGCACUUAAUUAAUUAUAAGGAGAUUGUUGAUUAUUACUCAUUGCUAAUUCUGCAAUAUUAUUAUUGUUGCAGUAGUUCUUUCAUAUAGACAAAUGGAUCUAGUUUUAUUUCAACUUUAUGGAGUGUUUUUAUUGAAUAAAUUUUCAUGUCCUUUGUCCCCUAGUACAAAAUAAGGACUUGAACUAAUAAGUUGGGAUCUUUUAAAUGCAAUAUAGGCAUGUAUGAAUCAAGAUUUUGUAUAAGUUUCUAACUAUGUAAAUUUUAUCUCGAUUAUGGGAUCGUAUCAGUAAUCAUGUUGGAACUUUGAUUAUUUAUGUUCUUUUUCA